ACAUUUUGCACACGUUUAACUUAACGCAGCCAUUACGUGUAUCUAUAAAUAACAAGGAAACACUUAAUCCUUUUACCAGUCAAAUCGAAACUGGUAUUUGUUUUAUUUUAACAGGUGUUUCAAAUCUUUGACCAUAGAUAUUAUGAACGUGUGUGGUGAUGAAGUGCAGUGUGACGGGAUGAGUGAAGGAAGAGUAUCGCUGAAAGGCCUUCAAAGUGGGGUAUUGGUCGAGCCAGAAGAAAUAUCCAAAGUGUUACCAAACAUCGCAACUAAAGCGGUUCAUCCGUCGGACGAUUUUCAUAUUGCUACAAGCACGGAAGCUUGUGUUGCUUCAGCAAGGGCACCUUCUAAUAGUUCUGAAAUUUCCUCAAACGAAUAUGAAACAGAUUAUGCAAACAUAACUGUUGUAAAACAGCAGUUACCAACAACACCCCAGCAACCGCUCCGUGAGCAAAUUCAACAGUUGGUUUGUAGACAACAUAAAAACUUUCCGACCUUCAACAAUUUGUCUUCACUCACGCAAACAAACUUAUGCGGAACAUCAAUUCCCAAGUAUCCUACUUUUUCUACGGUUCCCCAAAGAUUAAAGUCUUUUGGAGACGUUUUUCUCGCAGUGUCAACACAACUUCUGAGCGUUGCUGGAUAUUUCUUGGUACAGAAUGGAGGCGAAGAUGCUACACGAUUUUACCAUUGUGGAAUCGGGUUACGCCAUUGGAGUCCAGAAGAUGACCCUUGGGUUGAGCAUGCGCGUUUCUCUCCAAAGUGUGAUUACUUGCUCAGUGCGAAGGGACAAGAAUUUGUGAACUUAAUACAGUUGGCGGUUCAGUAUUCAUCUUAUCCUGCAAAUGCUACGUCAAAUAAAUUGAACCAAACGUCAUCGACGAAUAUGUCUACUUUAACUUCUUCAUCAGAGCAUAGCAUUUCGAAAACUAAAGUGAGAGAGAAUGCUGCAUUACACACCAUCAUGAAGUGUAUGUACUGUAGCCAUAAGGAGGUAUCCCUUGUUUUCCUCCCAUGUGGACACCUCAUCUCAUGCGAUGGGUGUGGCAAGGAUCAACGGAAUUGCAGAAUGUGUGGCUCCAACAUUAAAGGCACAGUGCGCACUUUCCGGGCAUAAGAACACGGAGAAGUUAUAAUACAAAAUAUCAUCUUCAGCCUUUGACUUAUUACUGUUAAUAAACCCUCAAUAUGGCCACCAUAGUGCAUUUCCACAUACAAAUGCGGGAUAUAAACCAGUUUUAACAUGUUUUUGACAUGAGGACUUUGCAAUAUUAUGUUCACUGAUAUGUAUAUACGCGAGUAUUCUGUGCAUAUACACAUGCACACAUGUAUACUGUGUUUUGACAAACUAAUUAUAAUACAUAGUUUCUGCCAAUAAUCGCAUUCUUAAUGUCAAAUGUGGGUAUGCAUAUUAUUACUGGUUUUCGUUUCUUUUUAUGUUUAAUGUGUAUGAAUCGGCUAUCGUAGCAUGUUAUUUAAGACAUAAAACCAAAUAACACAUUAAAUUAAAACACCUUCGAGUUUGAUUUGUAUGUAUUAUUAUAUUCAUAAAAUUGACUUUUCCCAAAGUGUGAUGUUUUAAAAAGUUCAUAUGAACGUAAUACGCUGCAAAUUGCAACGGUAAAAUAAGCCUUAAGAUGUUACAUUUUGGAUCAAGUAAUUAAUAUAAAAUAAAGUAAAAACAUUUUACAUAUUAUGUUUUACAUUAUUAUAUUUACAUAUUCUAAAUGCUCAUAUGUAUUUGAAAUGUUUGUGUUAAUGUUUUUAGUAUAUUGCAUUUCUUCUUUAAAUAUAACAGUGUGUUAGCUAAAUUUUUAUGUACAGUUUUUGUAAACAUGGGCCAUGUAUAGACCAUUUUAUUUUAUUUAAAAAAAUAGAAAAACAAUACAAAUAAAUAAAAUGAAGCGGGAUGACAUCUACAGCGCUUUUCAUAUAGGCGUAUACUUUUUUGAUUGUAAAAAUGAAAAUUAAAUAAUAUAUGGGUUAAAAACUUGACAUUGUUGGGAAGGUAUUUAAGCAUUGUGCGUGUUUUUGUUGCUCGUAGAGUUGUGUUUAAUCGGCCAUCUGAUACUAAAUUGUAUGCAUCAAAAUCCCACUUGACUGUUAUUCAUGGCAGCACUGUUUGAUUUACAGUACUAAACAUAACCUAAAUUUUUAUUUUGUAUGAAGGUAGCAGCUUUGAUUUACUUCAUCGCAGUAGCUUAUCACUUGCAGUGACGGUACUAUAAAUAGAAAAGCUAAGUGAUCUGAUUUUCUAAGCAUCACUAAAUUCAUAGCCAACCAUAGUCGGAAUAUUCAUUCAACAAAAUCCCUUUAGUUCUUACAUCAAGAUUUGUCAGGAACACUUUAAAACUCCCAGUCCUCUUACGAAAAGUUUCGAUUUUCAUUGAUCCGGCAAUGAAAAAAAACCCACUAUUAACAUUUUGUUUAUAAAGAAACAUCACUAACACAUCACUAACGAGCUCUGAUUAUAGAUAUGUAACGUGAUCUCAAUUGACCCUGAUUGAAAAAUGUUGCCGGUUAAUUUUAAUACUCAUUUGUAGACGUUUUAAUUAUAAGCGUAAUGCAUUUACAAAAGAAAAGUGAACAUAUCAAAGAUUAUUGGAUAAACAAGGUCAAAAUAACGACACGUGUUCAAAUAUUGAGUACACUGUUCUUUAAACACAAGGACACACUUGUAUGUGAUAUGGCUCUACAUGAUUAAAAUCACAACCACGCGAAUGCCGAUGUAAACAGAGACCAACGAUAUUGAUUUACUUAGACUAUUUAUAACAUGCGUCCGUAAUGAAUGCCACUAGGUCAAGUGCGCGUAGGACCCAAGUUGGAUAUACAUGUUAUCUGUAUUAUAUGUUAACAUUACAUUCAAGUACAUAAAUAUAUUAUUUAAAUGCAAACUUGUAUUGAAAUGAUUUAA